AUGUCGAGUUUUGCCAACUACUGCCGCAAGAAGCGCACAAUCCAACAGCUUCCCACACCUGCCCGGAAGGGUCACAACGCCAUCUUGAACGCCGAAUACAUACAAGACAUUGUUGAUGCAAUUGGCACAUGGAGCUGUCAGCGAGUCUUCCUUGUGCAUUCGAAAGCGCUAGAUCAGAACACAGAUGUUAUCAAGAAGCUCAAGGAGAGGUUGGGGCCAUUUGUUGUGGGGGCCAAGUCCGGCGUUGGCGCGCAUUCUCCUUACGAGGAUGUUCUGGACAUCGCAAGAAAGAUACACGAAGAAAAUGCGGACUGCUUGAUCAGCAUAGGAAGUAGCAGUUACUCUGAUGCGAGCAAAAUUGCUCGCUUGAUGGACGCAAAUCUUACCCCAGACAACCUCACAGUGGAAACGAUGGAGGGUUUGGUGGAUCAAGAGAAGGGAUGUGCAGAUAAUCUGAAUGAUCCCAAGAUCAAGCUGAUACUUGUCCCAACGAGUCUGUCGGCAAGCGAAUGGAACAACAAUUCCUCUGCAACAAACCCCCAGACCCAUAAGAAACAGCAUUUCGCAAGCGAGCAAGCAGCUCCGGAUCUUAUACUACUUGAUCGUGAGGUCGCCUCGACUUCGCCGAGGAAAUUGUGGCUUGCUAGCGGCAUGCGCGCGGUGGACCAUUGUGUCGAGACGAUGGUGAACGAAAAGUGCAAAGAAGAAGUAUUCCACCACAUGGAAGAUGCACUAGCGGUGCUUCUUAGAGGGCUGAAAGACUAUAAGAACGGUGAAAGUAAAGACGACCACACUAAACUGCUCGACGGGAUCGAAGAUUGUCAGAUCGGGUCCCGCAAUGCCAUGAUGGGUCUCUUACUAUGGAACGUGCCAAUGGGCCUUUCGCACGCCAUUGGACAUCAGCUCGGCAGCGUUUGCGGUGUCAUGCACGGCGUUACAUCCUGCAUCAUGCUUGCCCCCGUCCUGCGCUACACUGCGUCCAAGUCUGAUAGGCAGAAGCAGAUUCAGGAACGUGUGCUGGGUAUUUGGAACAAAGUUCUCAAGGGCGAAGAAUCAAGCCUCGCGGAUGCAGUAAGCAAUUUCGUGAGGUUUCUGGAGCUACCAAGUACACUGCAGGAAGCUGGGAUUGACAAAAAGCAGGAUAUUAACAAGGUCGCUGAACGAACAUUGACAGAUGUGUUUGGGGUGAUGGAGGGCAUGGGCGGGAAAGAUGACAUACUUGCCAUUCUGGAUGACGCAAAGGGCGGAGAAAUGCAAGAUGGAUCAGCGUUUCGUCACUUCUUCCCUGGAAAAUACAUCGCCCUGAGAUCGCCCAUGGGCAAGUCCUCAAAGCUCGCCACAUCCUCAACAAUUACGUUGGCCAACUCAGCGGGGAGUUGCCCCUCGCCCCACCGACUCAUAGUUCUCCAUAUCUCAUGGAUACGCGUACUAUCUCUCAGGAAAUCCCUAGAGCGUCGAAACCACCCCGCCUCGAACCAUUCGGCCUUCGCACCAUCCCAACCCCAAUGUUCUAGCUCCUGCUCGCCCCACAACGGCAACAGCUCCUGGGCCUUGGAAAGAGAUAAUGCUAUCGGUGCUGAAGCUGUAUCCCACGGGUUUGCUUUUGAUGGGGAUGGGGAUGAUGUUCCCGACUUUGUGGGUUUCGGUGGGUCCCAUUGA